AUGGCGCCACACCGACUGACCAGCGCUCUCCUGACAUCAUUGUUGGCCACAAUCCUAACCGCCGGGACAACGGACGCUGCCCUUCUCGACGUUCCUUCACCAAAGAACUAUGUCAGACGGGCCCUCGCCCGCGCUACCGUACUAAACAAUCACGUUUACAUUGAAGGCGGCCAAAUCACUCAGUACGAGGACGGCUUCAGCUCCAUUCGCGGCCGAGUGGAGAACCAGGUCAACUCCACCCUCUCAAUUCCCCUGAACGAAUCGUGGAAGUCUGAAUCAGUCACCAUCAAAGCAACCCCGAAACCUUUUGAAAGUCUGGCUAGAAACAGAUGGUACUUGUGGACCGAUACAAAGAAUGGGGUAUUCUAUGCUUGGGGUGGCUACUGGCCGUUUGGGCUCGAGAUGGUGACGGAUGAAGUCUACAAGUUCACCGCUGACAGCCGAGGAGGAGGUGAAUGGGGCGUGGAAACGCUUCCUAAUGGGCUGCGCUUGGAUCAAAUCAGCCCGGGCGAAGCUGGGGCUGUCACCAGCACCGGCACAAUGGGAAUCGUCAUUGGCGGACAAGCCACUCCUUGGACGCAGUUGGGAAGGGAUAACACUCGCCAGCUGUCUGGAAUGAUAACUUUCGACUUUGAAAGCAAGGCGCUCAUGAAUGGUACUCAAAAGUUCAGUCCAUUUGGGGACACGCCAGUUGUCGGAGCGUCUGCCGAGUUUAUUUCUGGGGUUGGGGAGAAUGGGAUUGUCGUAGUCAUGGGAGGACACGUGGGACGAACUGACAAGGAGGUACCACUUGGGGAGAUGGACUUUUUCGACAUGAGAAAUGUCACAUUUCUUCGAUCCCUUACUGCGUGUGGAUCAAUCGGACGAAAUCGGACUACGGAUUGGUGUACGAAGACGCUUACGUUCUCAGCCUGCCCGGAUUUUGCUCUGGACAAAACGUCCCAACACCACCAGGCAGGCCGCGCCGGAUGUCUUACCACACAUGCGUCCCGGUGGGCAACCGACAAGGUCUUGAGCGUCGGCGGUCGUGGCAGAGAGGAUGAAAUACAAAUUCGAGAUGCGAUCCCUCAGGGGCUCCUUCUGUUCGAUAUGACAGCGACCGAAUGGAAGCUGGAAUACGAUUCCAACGCCGCCGCCUAUGAAUCAGCAAACGCCAUCAAGGACUGGUAUAAGAAGCGGUAA